AAUAACCUUCUAUUUGAACCGAAUCAGCGACUCGGGUGGAGUUUGGGUGUCUCAGGUGUGGGAGUCAGUCGCACUGGAGAUGUGCCUGUGGCAAAAUGGUUGCUCCCAGCAAGCUAUUCGGAUAUCCCAUGAGUCACGUACACUGCGGAAAUAUUAUUCACAGCCAGCCCAAUCAGAGCUGCACGCAGGCUCUGCUAUGGAACAUGUACCGAAAUCAUGUGUCCAGCGCCAAAUACUAUUUGCCAACAUUGGUGUUAAUGCCGUUAAUUUUGAAUUGUCGCCGACUGAACAAACGUCGUCUGUGGUCCACAGCGAAAAACUAUUUGGAAACUAUGUUUUUUGCCUCCACAAUAAAUGCGCUUACCUUCUAUUUGAUAUGCAUUUGUAGGCGUCUGAACGGACGUUUCGUUUAUCUGUGCACACCAUUUCUAUCAAAUUACCUGGCAGCGUACAUCAACUGGUGGGCACCACCCAAGGUGUUGCAAUUCUUUAUCACGGGCAUUACACAUGCGGCUAUGGAAGCCGUGCUCCGUCAAAUGAAUGCGGGUCUGGUGCGAUCUCGACCUGCUCAGACGCUGCUAUUCAUGUUGUCGUCGCUAGUGGUGCUCCGACAGCAGCAGAAGCAUAUAUACUCUGGUUUCUGGUUCAUUAAGCCUAACCCGAUGACUUUGGAUUACAGCAAGUGGCCCUUAUUACGUCGCCUUAAGCAAGCUUCAUUGGAAUUGUGCAAAUACUUUGGCAUAGGUUUUACCAUUGACUUAUUUAGUGUGUUAAUGCGCCUGAAUCUUCAAAAGUUAAGGCUCAAAACAACUAGCUUUAUUGUAACCUAUAUGGGGCUCUACAAAAUAGUUCAAGUUCUCUUCGCUCGUAAACUGGAGAUGAAGCAACUCAAUUUAUUGGCAGCAUUUGUCAGUGGCGCGUCAUACGGCUUGUUCAGCCAUGUACCCUUCAGCUAUAUGUGCUUCGCCGUGGUCAUUGCCAUUCAGGCACUGUAUAAAGAUCUAUGUAAAGUCGAUGUCAGCCACAAUAAGCGACUCGCUGCCCUGCUGUCCAUGCCCUGGGCGAAGCUGCUCAUUCCGCCUACGAGUGCGUAUUUGACGAACUGCAUGUUCUACAAGCAACAUGUGCUAAGUAGCUUGGCGAAGUCUUUUAUGGACGACACGUGCGAUAACAAUGUUAAUCGUAUAUAUACCUUAAUACAGCUACCCGUGGAAACAAUAUAUAAAAUGGCUCAAGCGGGGCCAGAGCCGAAUUUCUUUUUUUAGUUGAA